UGUCUCUCACCUCUCUCCACCCCCUGAACCUUUCGCCAUCCCCUCUUUCUCCUCGUUUUCUCAUCCCUUGCUUCUCGAUCCUUGCUUUCUUCUCGUCACACGUUCCUCUUCUCUUCCCCUCUUCUCUUCCCUGAUCACGCGUUCUGCUCCUUCUUCAAUCUCAUCAUUCUUUCAUCCCUCUUCUCCUCUAAGGUCUUCAUACGCCCCCCCCCUCUCUCUCUGGCGCAUCCCUAGUUCAUCCUCUCUUCUUCUGAUCUCUUCAUUCAUCCCUUUCUCUCCCUCUCUCUCUCUUCAAUAUCGCAGCUCCUUCUUCUUCUUCUCAUUCUUCUGUUUUCUCACCGUAAUCCCUCCUUUUUAGUGCUCCUGCACUUCACUUCAGCACCGUUUCUGUGCUAUCAUGCUCAGUGCUAUCGCUCCGUCUGUGCACUUCUCGUUGGCUUGAGUCAUUGUUCCUCGUCUGUCGUUACGGUUUUGUUUUGAUUAGUCUCGUUGGCGUAAGUCGUAAGCUCCAUCCUUUCAUUCAUUCUUUCAUUCUUUCGUUCUUUCUUUCUGUCAUUCUUUCUGGCUUUCUUUCUUUUUUUGCUUUUCUUUGGUUACGCUCUCCUCUUUUUUGGCACUUGUCUUCCGCGGUGACGUCUAUACUCCUCUACUCUACAACCACGAUUCCCCCCCCACCCCCGUCUCUCUUUCUCUGGCUCUCUCUAUCCCUCCAUUCCUCUGUCUCUAUGCUGGUGUGCAUGUUCUUCUGCAAUCGGGCUGAGUGGAACCACAGUCUGGUUCUCGAGUUUAGCUCUACACAUCCAUAUGGUUCUGUAGUUUACAUCUGACCAUUGGCGCGGCUUCUCUUGAGAAUCAAAACAACAACAAGAAGCAAACCUGAAAGGUCAGCUAGUUGGUCUGGUGCUGUAGUGGAGUUCGGUAUUGCACAUCUGUACAUCGCUUCGGUUUCUCUGGAGAAGCGGGAAAACGGGAAAAGAGGAAGCGUGAGCUAAUUCCGCGCUGAGAACCGUUGGAAGCAAGCUAUUCCAUUGGCGUCUGUAGUCAUUGCGUUUUGGUUCUAAGACUUUAAGGUUCCGGAGAACCACCCUCCUCCGUAUACGUUCUCUGCGCUCUCCUCUCUCUUCUCAACUUGGCGGAAGAAUAGAAUGCAAACACAUCAUGGAUGAGUUUCAUCCCUUCAUCGAGGCUCUGCUCCCGCACGUACGGGCCUUCUCUUACACCUGGUUCAACCUGCAGGCUCGUAAGCGGCGCUACUUCAAGAAGCAUGAGAAGCGCAUGAGCAAAGAAGAGGAGCGUCAAGUGAAGGACGAACUUCUGGCCGAGAAGGCGGAGAUUAAGCAGAAGUGGGCCUCUAGGCUGCUGGCUAAGCUUCGUAAGGACAUCAGGCCAGAGUGUCGUGAAGACUUCGUGCUGAGCGUGACGGGAAAAAAGGCGCCCUGCUGCAUCCUGUCCAACCCAGACCAGAAGGGCAAGAUACGACGCAUAGACUGCCUACGACAGGCUGACAAGGUGUGGCGUCUGGACCUGGUGAUGGUGAUCCUGUUCCGUGGGAGUCCUCUGGAGAGUACGGAUGGGGAGCGGCUCCACAAGUCAGCGCUGUGCUCCAACCACACACUCUGCGUCCAGCCACACCACAUAGGAGUCUCCGUCAAGGAACUGGACCUCUACCUGGCGUACUUUGUACACACACCAGAGUCAGGCCAGUCUGAAGACUCCAGCCAGCAAGGAGACAACGAUGUCAAGCCCCCAGCCAACGGUCAUCUGCGUUUCCAGGAUUACUUUGUGACCUCCGGUGUGUGGAGUGCAGCAGAGCUUGUUCGCGUCUCUCAGACUCCGGUGGCGUCUGCGUCGGGUCCUAGCUUCUCAUUGGCCGAUCUGGAGAGUCCGGGCUACUACAACAUCAACCAAGUGGCCCUAAGUCGCCGCGCGCUCGCAUCCACACCCUCCAGGUCAGAAGUGGAAUUGUAUGCAAGUCUACCAAGAAGGUCUCCUGCAGCCACCAGCACACACAGUGGCUGGCCAAACGAUGUGGAAGCAGUGCAACACCACUUGGCCAGCGUUCACGAGAGGAAGAUUAAACACGAAAACGACAGCGUGCAGUUCCCCUACCACGGUAGUCCGCGUGCGUCUGCGUCUGCCCUGCCGUUCGGCUCCGGUUCCCUCCUGCAGCAGGGCUACUUCCCCCACCCCAGCAUCCGCUACCACCCCCACACCCAGGACCCCCUCAAGGACUUUGUGCAGUUCGUCUGCGCAGACGGCUCGCAGGGGUCACAGCAUACUGGUCGCCAAGGCCCUCAGCUGCCGGCUGGCCUGUCCGCAUCAGAGCACGGAUCAAACUUCUAAACACACACACCCGCAACACACACAGUCCUGGUUUCUCUGACAGCUCCUGUUAACUGGAUCAUCGACACACCGCGCUGAUCUACUCAACACAGAUCUACUCUACAACAACCCUAUAUAAACCCGAUCCACUCCACACCUUACCAAUCCUCUACAAACCUGAUCCACUCCACUCCUUACCGAUCCUCUACAAACCUGAUCCACUCCAACAGUGAUCUGCACCCCACACCAAUGCAGUACAACCGUGAUGCACUCCACGACUUACCGACCCUCUACAACCCAUCUGCACCCCACCGCUGAUCCAGUAAAACCCUGUUCCACUCUGCUGAGGUCCACUCCGCUUCUCCUCCACUGAUCCACGAUUCACUUCACUCCACUCCGCUCCUGAUCUGCCGCUCUUCAGCUAUCUUCUCCACAUGCCGGUCCUGGUUCAGCUCUCUCCACUAGUUCUGCUCCCGUCUCAUCCAGUGUCUUGUGUGUUAUCCUACAUGACAACUGUCCAUCAUCCCUAGCAACCAGAAUCACGGCCCACAGCAACUCUUCAUCACCAGAAACCAGAUGCUUCACCAUCAUCGUCAUCAUCUUCACUUUCUCCAGAGGAACAGGCUUCUGGUCUGAGUUCAGCUUCACACACACACACAGACACACAUACACAUACACAGACACAGACAGACACACACACAGACACAGACACACACACACACACACACACACACACACACACACACACACACACACACACACACACACACACACACACACACACACACACACACACACACACACACACACACACACACACACAAACACCAUCCUUACUGUCCCCAGGAGAGAGAGACCAGAGCAGAAUCAUGGACACGUAAUGGGAGCAGACAGAACACACACACACACACACACACACACACACACACACACACACGUGCGCAAACACACGCGCACACACACACACGCGCACGCACACACACACACACACACACGUGCGCAAACACACGCGCACACACACACACGCGCACGCACACACACACACACACACACACGCACACACACACUCACUUUCUCUCGUCUCUCUUGUUUAGUCGAUUCAGCAGGUUUCUGGAGAGUGAUUCUGUGAAAGCCCUCGUCGGAGGCCAUGUUUAAAAACACAAAGUCACACAUCUCUCUCUCUCUCUCUCUCUCUCUCUCUCUCACUCUCCAUUGGACACGCAACGUGGCCGGACAGAACAAAACUGGUGGACAUGAAGUCACGUGACCAAGUCACAUGACCUCGCUCGUCAUCAAGAAGAAGGACAAGGAGGAAAAUAAUAAUGAUAAACCUUCUUUAAAAAAACAACAAAAAAUGAUGAUGUUAAAAACAAAUCCUCCCUAAAAAAAAAGAAGAAAAGACAAGCUGAUGUAAAGCAACCCUUUCCACUUUUGAUGAUUAUUGUUACUCUUGGUGUCGUGUUUUAUAUAUCUGUUAUGAUGACUUGUCAUAUUGUAGCCAUGGCAACGAGGCAGUAGGGCUCCCUUUAUGCCCCUCCCCCUACCCCACAUGGGAUUGGUCCAGCCUGUCUCCAGCAGGGUCUUAGGCCCGCCGUACCAGCGAGAUUCACACAGCCCAAUGGAUAGUUUUAAGUUUCCAAUGUGAUUUGAUUUGUUGCACUAAGACGGUGGUCUCCACUUUGAUUGGUCGGUCAUGAUGGCAGUGUAAUAAGUCAUCAGCUGCGGCUUACCAGGACAGGUUAGUGUUAAGUCUAGCCGUCCUCAUCACACACACCCACACACACACACAGACACACACACACACACAGACACACGCACACACACAAACACUCAAACACACGCACUCUUGGGUCACUCAUACCUAAGCAGACCUGUCCGAAAACACUAAAGAAUUGAAGACUUUGAAACACACACACACACACACACACACACACACACACACACACACACACACACACACACACACACACACAUUUAAUGUAAUUAGAGUUAUAUAGAGUAGAAGUAGAAGUACUAUUGCAAAUACAAUUGCAACACUAAUGGUAGGAUAUUACAAAUUUGACACCAUGUAAUAUCAUAGCGCUGGUGUUGUAAUUACAUCUGUUAGAGUAGCAGACUUUUCUACUUUAUACAACUCUAAAUGAGCCGGGGUGGCGAUCCUUUCUGGGCCUGGGACAACUAACCUGUUAGUCCCACCCUGUCGGCAGGUCUGGCGGCCUGUGUGGGUAGGAAGCUGGUCACCAGGGUUGCCAGAUGUGAGUGAUGAUUUCCAGCCCAAAAUAAAAGGCAUAAAAGUCUCUCUAGAGGUACUAAAUACCGCCCAAUUUUGAGAUCUAUUGAUUUCUAUGUACAGAAAUGCUCAGAAAAGCCCGCUCAACAUCUUUUUGUACCCACAGACGGUCAUCUUAAGCAGCCCAAUCGGGCGGGAAACUGACCCGAUCUGGCAACACUGCUGGUCACUUUAUGGGAGGAACUGCCUGAUGCUUACUCUUUUGUAUUAUAUUGGAAAAAUCUUACAUUUCCCUUUUUUGUUUGCUGUCUUUUUUUCUCUCUUUUUGUUCAUUAUUUUGAAUCAACUGCAAUCAGUCCUUCACCUCCAGGACUCUAAACUAAAAGGGGUGUGGGUUUUAUCCCGUUCUUUGUACAUUUCAGGAGAAAAAGAAAGAAAAAAGACAAAAAACGUAACGUAACGAAACGAAACAGGAAAAAAAAAUGUUAUUUGUUUGUUGACUUAUUUUUGUCCACUUUAUUUUGAGAGUCUCAUCUCUCGAUCUCGCGGUCAUUUGGCAUUGCACUCAUUUCUAUUUUUGAAGGCAUGUUGUGUUUGUAUUAGCUGAUUUUUGUAUGUGUACAUGUGUGAAGGCUUGAGAACCCUAUGCAGCACUAAGGGGUGGGAUGGGGGGUGGGGCAGGGCUGGGUUGGGCUUUUGGGUUUGAGGGCACGGUUGAAGGCAGAGUUGUAUAAAGUAGAAGUAGAGGGACUAUAACAAAUGUAAUUACAACACCAGUAGUAUGACAGUACAUAGCUGCAAGUAUGUAAUAUCUUACUAGUGGUGUUGUACCUCCAUCCAUAACAGUAUUUCUACUUCUACUUUAUACAGCUCUGUGGUGUGUUUCUCGAAAGUGUUGUUAGCCAGUUAGCAACUUGGGUAGUUGCCAAUGGGAAAUUUCAUUGCAAACAACAAAGUAGCUAACAUAGCAGCCACAGUACGGUUUCGAGAAAUGCAACUCUGUUUGGGUGGCGCGCAUAUGGAUGAGGACAGGGUUGCCAGAUGUGGGUGAUGAUUUCCAGCCUAUAAAAAAUGCUCAAAACCUACCUGAAGGCACUAAAUGCUGCCCAAUGGCCAGAAAUCUUCUGAAAAACCUGCCCAACACCCUUUUUUGUUUUUACCUGCCGACGGUCAUCCUAAGCAGCUCAGUUGGGCGGGAAACCAUCCAACCUGGCAACACUGGAGGGGACAGAGCAGAAUGAGUGGUACAGGGUAAUGGUGGGUUAGUGAUGGGGCUGGGUAGGGUGACAGUAGGGGAAAAGAGGAGUGAAACCAUGGGAAAAGGGUCGGGUGGGAUAGGGGAUGGGGAUGGAGGAGGAGGUGUGUUGGGCGGUUUAUGCCAGGCAGAUGUUGGCAAGAGUGCUGGGAGGGUGUUUGAAAGGUGUUAGUAGAAAUCGUCAGUAUAAAGACUAUAAAAACAUAGAUGAGCGAUGACAUUGAGCCUUGCGUCACAAGGCCGGUGUGUCGGAUUACAAUGGGGUCACGUUAACUGGGGAUGACCUGACAAAACAUGUGUUCACAUCAGGUAGUGGAAACACGGGGUGCUCCUUAAAUUCAAUCUUACACUAACGAAAAUGGGACACUGAACUACGGUUGAAAAAAAAAAAAAGAGCACGCCAUCGCACUAAAUGAGCAAGAAUUUCAAGCAUACUCUGAAUUUACAAUUGGUUUCAAAGAGGGCCAAUACUCGUGAGCACUCCGAGGUGUUGUGUGACGUGAUCAUCUCCAAUUAAACUGGCCACCAUUUCACGCAAUCUGACUCACCGGAACUACGUAGAAUGACUUGUGUUAAAAAUACCGGCUAUGUAUGAACGGGCCCUGAGUUCAAUCUGCCUUAUGAGCUGUUUACACAUAGCCUCCUACCUGGGUAACGCAAAAAAACAAAGACCGUUCCCUUCGUUUUUCGUUUCUUUUUUUCCACUGAAAACGAUUAUUUACAAAAACUCCAAACAGCAAAAGUGAACAUUUUCAAUAACUUUGGUUUCACAUUUAAAAGACAUGUGAAUGGCUUUCUCCUUCUUGCCAUACUGCCACCGUCAGGCGUAGCAUCUUCAUGACACCUCUCUCUUGACAACAUAUGUAUGCGGAUAUACACCCAUGCCAUGUGUGUGAACAAAGAUAUUUUGGAAAACGAAGGGAGGAAAAUGUGAUUCGUCCAAAUACCCAGCUAUGUGUAAAUAGCAGAGGUGUCAAAAGUAAAAGUAAAUUCAUGGUGUAAGUAGGCCUACAACAUAGCUAUUACACCAGCUAAUCCUAAUUGUACCUAAUGAGGUAGACUGUGUUGUUACUGAAAAACACUAAAAGCCUAACAAGAACCCACCACAGGAACCCAAAGCAGAGGUAACUGAUCGUUAGGCAAGUACACUGGUCCACUGGUUACUCAGAUAAGUUACCUGUGUUGGAAGGAAACUGUUUCUUUUUUUUACUUCUACUUUUGACAUAUCUGGUAAACAGCGAGUAAAGCUCUACCCGUAAAAAAAGUGAAUGCAUGCUUCCCCAUCUACCACCACGCCCACACAUCAAGUUUGUUCCUUCCACAUGAUGUUUUUUGCUGUUUUUAAAUCACAUUGUUUUGCUGUUUUUAUGCUCUCUCGCUCUCUUCUCUGCCCCUCCUUUGACAAUAAAACAUAUUACCGUACAUCUCAAUCAAUCAUGAGAACUCGGAUAUUUGAA